AUGGCUGCCGACUCUGCCAACAUUGCCACCCAGCCUGCUGCUGCUGCGCCGGCUCUUGCUGAAGGUACUGCAGCUACCAACAAUCCUUUGCAGGCUAGUAGCGAGAACCCGGCUGCAGCCGCUGCUGGCGCUCUUGCUGCCGACGACGACAAGAAGGCUCAGCAGGUCUUCGCUGGCAAUCUGGCAUUCGCCACCACGGAGGACGAACUGAAGCAGCUCUUUUCCGAGGCUGGUACAGUUACAAGCGCUCAAAUCAUCACUCGCGGCACUCGUUCCCUCGGGUACGGAUUCGUCACCUUCACGACCGAGUCCGAAGCCAACAAGGCUGUCACACUGUUCCACAAGCGCGAGAUUGCGGGCCGCGAGAUCAACGUGGAGAGCGCCAAGGCUCGCUCAGCUGCCAGAGCUGCUGUGGAGGCAGCUCAGAAGUCCGAUGCCGUGGAUGGCGAGAAGAAGGGUGCCAAGUCAGCUCGUGGACGAGGACGCGGAGGUCGCCGUGGAGGCGUCGCGUUCGUCUCUUCUCAUCAGGCAACCGGACGUCGUCCUCGUACUGAUGAAGGCGAAGAAGGCACCGCAGAAGGCGAAGCCACCACUGCGGAAGAAGCAACCGGAACAAAGGCGAGCGCGCCAGCAGCUGCCAAAGCUUCCAAGCCCAAGGGUAAAGCUGGUGUAGCAGGUGCCGCGAAUGGCGAAGCCAAGGAUGGCGCUGCAGCAGCUGAAGGCGGCAAGAAGGCGAAACCCGCAAAGAAGCCUCGCGAGCCCAAGGGAACGCCCGAAGGCACUCCGAGCAAGACUUUGGUCUUCGUUUCCAAUCUGCCCUUCAACUUUAGCGAUGCUCAGCUGCGCGCCGUCUUCGAUUCCGAGAGUGCGGGAUUGGGCGGCAAAGAUGCGGUGAAGAGCGCCAAGGUGGUCAAGAGGCCUCACACUGGCAAGACGAAAGGUUUUGGAUUCGUCGAUCUCAAAGAUGAGGCUACGCAGACUUUGGCGCUGGAAAAGAUCAAGGGCAUCACGGUUGAGGGAAGAGAGAUUGGAGUCAAGGUGGCUGUGCAGACGGAACGCAAGGUGGCAGAGGGUGGAAAGGACGAUGCGGCAGCGGUGGCUGCUAGCGCUAUUGAAGCCAAGCCUGAGCCCGAUACCGCUCCUUCUGCACCUGGCGUCUGA